GAGGCAUUGGUCAGAUUAGUCCAUUCAUUAUUGUAAAAGAAAAAAUGCCUUUGCUGAUGGAUUUCUUGAUCGUUUUUGUUUCUCAAGGAUUUUUCUUUGGACUUGGUUGGUUAUUUUUCAUGCGAUGGCUGUUCAAAGAUUACGAAGUUCGACAUCACAUCGUGCAGUUCGUGUUUGCAAUCACUUUCAGUUUAUCAUGUACAAUGUUUGAACUGAUCAUUUUCGAAAUCCUGGGCAUUCUGGAACCCAGUUCACGAAUAUUCCAUUGGAAAGUUGGUUUAUAUUCCAUGCUUUUUACGUUGAUUUUUCUUUUGCCGUAUUACAUCUCGUUCUUUAUCGUGAAAACAUUACAUUUUGCUCAUCAUAAAAAAACUGUCAUUUGGCUCGCGACACUCGUCUGGCUUGGCUUCUUGUUCUUAUUCUGGAAAUUGGGAAAUCAAUUUCCUAUAUGGAAUCCAAAGCAUGGGAUGUUUUCAAUAGAGCAAGGCAUCAGUCGUGUUGGUGUAGUUGGAGUCACUGCUAUGGCAAUUCUUUCUGGGUUUGGGGCUGUCAACUGUCCUUAUACUUACAUGGAGUAUUUCAUGAGGCAUGUUACAGAUGGUGAUAUUCUUGCAAUAGAAAGAAAACUGACUCAAACAAUGGACAUAAUUGUCAGAAAAAAGAAAAGGAUUGCUUUAUCAAAACAUCAAAGUCAACGGUUUGCAGCUAAGGAUUCAAAAAUGUCAACAAUCUGGGGUGUUUUCAGCUCUGUAACUGGAGGGUAUGGUGAAAAGACAGGAGCAAUUCAAAAGGAAGUGGAAGCAUUAGAAGAACUCAGUCGGCAACUGUUUUUGGAAAUUGUGGACUUACAACAAACAAGAGCAAGAAUGCAUUUCUCAAAGACUAUCCAGGGUCGAUAUUUCGAUGCUGUGGGACAUAUUUUUUCUGGUUACUGUAUAUGGAAGAUAUUCAUCUCUACUGUUAACAUCAUAUUUGAUCGUGUUGGUAAAGUUGACCCAGUGACACGUGGCAUUGAAAUUACUGUGAAAUAUAUUGGUCUACAAUAUGAUGUGAUGUUUUGGUCCCAGCAGUUCUCAUUUAUUCUAAUAGGAAUUCUAAUUGUUACAUCCACGGGACUUCUAAUAACAAUGACCAAGUUUUUUAACUCUAUUGCCAGUUCAAAGUCUUCCAACAUAAUUGUGUUGUUCCUUGCGGAGAUAAUGGGCAUGUAUUUUGUGUCGUCGGUUCUUCUGAUGCGUAUGAACAUGCCUGAAAAGUAUCGUUUAAUCAUAACAGAAGUUUUGGGUGAUCUUCAGUUCAAUUUUUAUCAUCGAUGGUUUGAUUUGAUAUUUCUUAUCAGUGCUUUGUCGAGCAUUGGUUUUCUUUACUUAGCUCAUCAUCGCCCUGAGAAACAUAUGUACGAUGACUAUAACUAAUUCAAGGAAUGGUGUAGUGUUGAUUUGUUUUUUUGCAACUCAGUGUAGCUAUUAAAACUAAUUAUAUAAGUUAAGGUAGAAAUUAAUAAAUUAUGCAAUGCUGGAAA